GUCACCACCGACAGCAGCCAGUCUCUGCACCACGUUCUUUCUGAGAAUAUCAACACGCGCCACGCAGUCGCACACCACUGCACCCUCCACCCGCCCAGCCCAGCCCUCUGCGAGGAGCAUCGUCAGUCAUUAAACCAACGGUCUCACGGAUCUGCGAUCCCCGAACAAAGCAACAAACUUCCACACCACACCAACCCGUCAUCAAUCAUCACUCGUUUGGAAGAUGCGAUCCUCAAUUGCCCUCGCCGCCUUCGCCGCUGGUGCGCUCGCCGUCCCAUUCAACAACGAGAAGCGUGCAGUCGUCCAAACUGCCUACGACGUCGUCUAUGUGACGGACAUUGUCACCGUCUUCGCUGGCUACGCCCCUCCAGCCGAGCCGACCCCUUCGUCUUCGUCUUCGUCUUCUUCUGCACCAGCUCCUCAGCAUUACGGCCACCACAACAACUGGCACCCAUCGGUUGCAUACACGACUGUUCAGCAGCAACCGGAACCCACCCCGACACCUCAGCCAUCAACCUCGACUACACCAACUCAACAGGCUCCUCCAACUUACGGUGCCCCAUCCUCCCAGCCGUCUUCACCUGCCACAAACGCUGGCACUGGUGCUGCCCCAACCGAUUACAACGGCCUGGUUGUCUACCACCACAACCUGCACCGUGCCAACCACUCCUGCCCAGACGUCCAGUGGUCGGACGACCUGUACAACACCGCUCUGCUAAUUGCCCAGAGCUGCGUCUACGCCCAUAACACCCAGGUCAACGGCGGUGGCUACGGUCAGAACAUUGCUGCUGGCGUUGAGCCAGCCAAUGUUUCCGCUAUCAUUACCGACCUUUUCUACAACGGUGAAGAGCCAUACUUCGCCAGCCAGUACGGCAAGGACAAUCCAGACAUGACCGAUUUCGAAAAGUGGGGUCACUUCUCUCAGAUCGUUUGGAAGGGUACUACACACGUUGCCUGCGCCACUCACCACUGCCCCAACGGUCUUGCCAACACCGGAAGCGGCGUCUCUCCAUACUUCACCGUCUGCAACUACAAGAGCCCAGGCAACUACGCCGGCGAGUAUGCUACGAACGUGCCAAAGCCAAAGGGCAUGCCUUCUGUUCAGUGGAACUACGGCGGCUCGUCAUAGAUUUCUCGCAUUUGACAGCAUCUCCAUUCUACAGUCCGCAUGGGACCCUUGCAGAACUUACGACGCGACCGAGAGCGAUGGUCUUCCAGGAAAUGCGUGCAUCGGUGGCGUUUGAUUUGAGUGCGGAAUCCGGCAUUUACACUCGUUGAGGCGCCCAGAGCACAUCUUGCCUUCCUAACCACUGUUCUCUGUCUGUCAUACCCGACAGAGCGCUCUUGCAUAUCUUCCGGGAUAGCUCGCUGCAUCUGCUGGACAGAGACCGAGAUGAGACGAGAGGCCUGAUGGCUCAUUGGCUUUAUUACCCCUCUGCUUCUUUGUGCAUAGUUUCCUCUUUCAGUGUAGGGGAGGGAUGGUUUGUGGCACUCCCAAAGCUUCGAUUCGAUCAAUGACAGUCACGCUCCCAAAUGAAAUAAAUGGUUCACGAUUGCGUCUGAUGGCGCCGCGCGUCCAAG